AAAUUUUUUUUUUUUUUUGAACCUAUUUAGAUAUUUCCUGUUAAUAGAAAUGAUUUUUUUACACGUUUAAUAUUUCUAAAUACGGAAUAAAUACGGAAUACGGAAUACAGAUGAUUUAUUUAGUGUACUUCAAUCAUUAAGUUUACUUCAAUCAUUUAGUUUAUCUUCAAUCAUUCCGUUUUAUUAUUGGAUUACGCUAAUAAUAUUUGAUAUGUUAAGUUUACUUCAAUCAUUAAGUUAUUCCAAUCAUUUUAAUCAUUUUAAUCAUUUUCGAAUUUCGAUCUUUAAUCUUCUGAACAAAAUGAACAAAAUGAACAAAAUGAGAAUCUAUUUAAGUAUAUGUUUUCUAUUUCUGACUUUCUGUAAUUAGAAAUGAUUCUUUGCACAUUGAAAAUUUCUAAAUCUAGAAUUGAAAGAAUUGAAAGAACAAUAUGUUCACAAAUGUUCACAAGUUUGAUUGAUCGGAGUUCGUUAUUAUUUAAACAAAUCUGAACAUGUUAUAUAAUGAAUCGUAACAUAUUAAGUAAAUAAAUCGGGACAUGUUAUUAGGAUAAAUCGGGACAUAUUAUUAGCGUAAUCUCAGUGAUAAAUCGGACAUGUUAUUAGCGUAAUCCGGUGUUAUUAGCGAAAUCCCAGUGAUAAAUCGUAGCGUAAUCCGGUGAUAAAUCGACGUAAUCCAGUGAUGAAUCGAACAUGAGGCCAUAUAAAAUCAUGUGAUCAUACAUGCCUAUAUGGACUAUAUGGAAUACAUUAGCAUAAUUUUGGCCAGAAUUAUAAGUAUGUAUUUAAUAAUUCUAGUCAGAAAAUUAUUUCCAUUUUAGAUGCUGGCUAUCAUUAUUAUAACUCCGGCCUUGAAAGAUACGCACUUUGAACUCAGGGUCCUUAUUAAAUAUAUCCUAAAAGAAAAAUAUUCCGAACUUGGCAAAUCAAUCUAAUCAUGAUUUGGUUUUUUCUAUCUUUUUUUUUUUUUUUUAAUGAUC